AUGGCAGAGGAAAGUCAACUAGCUAUCUUUGAGGAGGAUACGCCGCUCACCCCAAUUCAUUCUCAAGCACCGACUAUGCAUGUGCCACCACCACACGUGUCCCCUACAGGCGUGCCACCAGCACAUCGGGGAGCUUCCCCAACUCAUCUUCCGCCACCUGCAUCUUCGGGCACACACCCGGAAUAUUCAAGAGAGCGGCCAUCCUCUGCAGUUGAUGAUCGUGAACGUAUUGUAGUACUCGAGAGCACGGUCAAUCAACUGGCUACCACCAUGGCUACUAAUAUGGCCGAGCUCGUGGCCCUACUCAAAGGCCCAAAUCGCGCUUCUUCGAGCUUCACCCCACCUCCUGGGUACGGGCCAGCGGUCGAUCCAAACCCAUGGGCCCAGCCGACCUUGAUUCCUGAUAAUGGAGAUACGUCUGCCCCAACGAUAGUGAACGCGCCGGCGGUCCAUCCGGUUAACAAUCUUCCAGCACCACCUUCUUUCUCGCACCCGGCUAAUCUCCCGGCGGUCACUCCUGUCCCUUCAGCGACAAUGUUGGAACCGCCUAUGCUUGUACCCCCACCGAUCUCCACGCCAGUCCUAGUUUCGGUCUCUGCGUCGAUUCCAGCUCCGACUUCCGCUGUCCCACCACCGAUCAUAUUCCUGCCUACAACUGCCCAGGCUCCUGCUCACACUGCUGAACCUCCCCUAUACCAAGCUCCACUACCCCAUAUCGGCCUUUCUUACCAAGCUUCACCUCCCAUAAAUAUCGCUUACUCUGAACCGGGCACGCCGAGCUACGCGGCCCCUAGAGCUCCACCCACAAAUUUCCUCCCCGAGAUAGAGACCGAGCAAGAGAGGAGAAUGAAGAGGAUGGAAGAGACCAUUAAAGCCCUCCAAGCUGGUGACCCCCGACACAGUACUAGCUGUCUAGAUUCAACUCUCUUCCCGGGGAUGCAGCUACCCCCGAAGGUCAAAGUGCUCGACUUCCAGAAGUACGACGGAACUACAGACCCGCGACACCACCUCCGCCAGUAUCGUGGGAAGAUGCUUCAAUACUGGGACUAUGAACAAUUCGUCAUCGCUACGUUCUAG